CAGACAUUUCCGGGUGCAAUAUGUCUGCCACCAGCAAAUAGUAGUGGUAUACAGAUGUGUUGAUCAGUGCAGUAAUUUUUAAAGAGAUUUCUUGUGUUCUCAUUUGAACAAACACAACACAAAGCUGGAGACCCCCAUUAAAGAGCCCUGCAGCAUGGAUACAUCUGAGGCAACAGAAGAAGCGGAACGGGCAGAGCAAAGACCCCGUACCCGGUCGAAUCCCGAAGGAGCAGAGGACAGAGGUGUACCUCCCCAGCCUGCAGUGGGCAGCAGAAGUGAGGGAGAAGGUGAAGCGGCACAAAUUGAAGAUCAACCACCUCCGUCAACCGCUCCGCCAUCCUGUCCCCUCCCUCCACCUAUAGAGUUUCAGGUCAAAACUCCCAGAGUCAACUGCCCUGAGAAAGUGAUAAUUUGCCUAGAUCUGGCAGAAGAAAUGUCCUCUCAGAAGCUGGAAUCAUUUAAUGGGUCCAAAGCCAAUGCCCUUAAUUCAUCCCAGAAAAUGAUUGAGAUGUUUGUCCGUACCAAGCACAAGAUAGACAAGAGACAUGAGUUUGCUCUGGUGGUGGCAAACAAUGAGGCCAUGUGGCUUUCUGGAUUCACCUCUGACCCACGUGAGGUAUGCAGCUGUCUCUACGAUCUUGAGACCAAUGUCUGUGACUCUUUCAAUUUAGAAGGACUUUUCAACCUUAUCCAACAGAGGACUGAGUUCCCAGUUACAGAUAACGUGCAAACCAUACCUCCUCCCUAUGUAGUGAGGAUUAUCUUGAUAUACAGUCGUCCGGCCUCUCAACCACCAUUGACCCUUACAGAGAACAUGAAGAAAAUGCUGCAAUGUCCAUAUUUUUUCUUUGAUGUAAUUUAUAUUCACAAUGGAACAGAGGAGGACGAACUGAGCUGGAAGGACGUGUUUGAGUUCUUCAGCAGUCUGGACACCAAAGGGACCAGCUACAAAUACGAAGUUUCAAUAACAGGCCCAGCCCUGGAGCUACAUAACUGUAUGGCAAGGCUGCUUGCUCACCCCCUCCAGCGCCCGUUCCAGAGCCAUGCAGCCUAUAGCCUACUAGAGGAAGAAGAGGGGAGUCCUGAAGGGGAAGUGACUGUGUAAAUUUAUUUUAUAGGAGAUGUCCCACAGCCAAUGCUCCAUUUGCUUUGUUCAAAUAUAACGUAAAUGUGUGUGUUUUUGUUGUUUUUUUAAUAUGUGACUUACAUUUUACAAAUGGGUAGUUCAGAUUUUAUAAAGUGAUAUAUAUCUUUAUAGAAUGCAAUGGAAAAAACUUAGAUAAGGUAGUUCCCGCGGUUAAUUAUGUGUGUUAACCAAUCUAGGCCUACAAACCAUAGACAAUAGCAUAUAUUUUCAAGCAUGCUUGUUGUUUCUUUAUUGGGUAGCCUUUUCAACUUAUAUUUGCAAAAGUCACUCGACCCAGCUGUAUAUAUUUUUAGAAGUAAAAAAAACGUACACAGUUUGUGCCUCACAAAAUAUGUAAUAUAGCUGCAUACUGUUUUGGAACUUGAACAUUUGUUCAGUUGGGGACUGCAAACCAAUAAUAAAACAUACUGCUAAAUAUUAAGCUUUCAAUAGAGCAAUUCUAGUGUUUUGUGAAGGAGGUUUUCUACACUUAGGAGCAAUAAACAAGUAUUGAAAACAAA